UGUAUAGUAUUAGGACAUUCAGCCUGUAGGCCGGAGUAUAUCAAAGACAUAGCGAAGUCAUUUCCUUAUGAAGAACAAUUCGAAAAAUUGAUGGCGAAACUGUAAAUGUUUAAAUCGUAUAAUACAGCCAAUGAAAUAGCCAUUCAAAAGAAUAGGGAAGAAAUGAAACAAAUGAAUGAAAAAGUGAUAAAAGAAAUUCAACAAUUUAGAUCAGAUAUAAAUAAAUAUUUGGAUAAUGUAGAAGCUAACGUCUUAUCUGAUGUGAGAAAAUUAACCUUAGAAAACACACAAAUACAGAGAAAGCUCGAGAAAGACGUUCAAUCGUUGACAUCUGAAAUCGAAGAAGUAAAGCAGAAGUUAAACACGCAGCUGCAUGGAGGAAAUGCAUUGUUUAUCAAUGCAGUUAGCUGUAAGUCUAAACUGAAUGACAUUGAGAAAGUGCAUACGCGAAUAAAGCAAGAGCAUUCUUUGAAAAGAUUUGAAUUUGUUCCUGACAAGACAGUCUCUGGAAUAUUACAAGCUGCACAAAAGUUUGGGAGUCUGAAGAUUGAUUCCGGUCUCGAUACAAGAGUAAAACCGUUCGAAUUUGCUGUUGGUGCACGUGUACUUCGGGGCCCUGAUUGGAAUUGGGAAAAUGAGUUGAAUCGUCUAACCUUAAAAAUUGAAGACGGUUUUGCAAAUAAACAUCAUUUUCGUUUAAACGGUAUAAAUUGCAAAUAAUGAUUUUUAAAGUUUUGAAUUAAAGCUGUAAUUUGUAAAUACAAACAUUAUUUCUUUAGAAUUGAGACAAGCAAUAUUUCAUCUGAUAAAUUGUAUACCUAGGGAGAUUAUCACUUGCAUGUUAUUUG